AUGAAUAGUCCGUACUAUACAACAGUGGCGAUGGAUCUCGGUGUUUGCCAGUUAAGGAAUUUUUCUAUCUCGUUUUUAUCUUCGUUACUGAGCACGGAUAGUUCACCUGUCAGGCUCGACAAUAGGUAAAUAUAUUUUCUGAGAAGGACAUUGUGCUGCAAGGAGGAUUACUAUUGUUGGCAGCUAAUAUUCUUUCUUUAUUCCCGAAAGAAGCGCUGCUUUAUACACUGAUUAUUCAACACUGAGUCUAUGUAUUAUAGAGAACUUGAUUAUUAAAUGUAUAGCCAAAUGCCUUUGUAUGACAUUAAUGCUGAGGCUGCCAUUUUGAUUGGGCUCAGUGAGAGAGAAAAUGCACUUGUCGUGAUGGGGCAUCACUAGGUUGGCAUUGCUUACUGCUGGCCCAGGAAAUGCUGUAGCUGAACCCCUUAGUUGAUUUACACUGAUGACAGUAAAAUUACAUGUACGGCUUAUUUGUGGCAUUUGAGAGGAAUAUUGUCUACGGUCUUUUUAAUACACCCUGAACACUUGGCUCUAGAAUGGUCUUUAGUCGAAGUGACGUCACCUAUAUAAGGAUAUUUAUACUGUAUUUCAUUGUAUUGAAAUGGCUGGUGUUAGACCUGCAACAUCGACAGUACAUUCUUACCGAUGCAGUGUAUUAAGACUUUUUUCUUUUCAUUCUUCCAGUUCGUCAGGAGCCAGUGUGGUGGCCAUAGACAACAAAAUCGAACAGGCAAUGGUAAGUUUAUACAUUCUAAAACUCACUUUUCUUAUCUGCAAUCUAUACUACACAAAUCACAUGCAAAUAUAACUUAUUUCGAAGAAUACAUUCGGAGAAUGAUCAGUUAAAAGAAAAGGUUGCUUCAGUUUGCUCAAUGAAUGGAUUACAUAACCACGUAACCACCUAGAACUGGGAAGUCACGCAAUAUACUGCCUUUUGCUGAUUCUCUUUCUAAACGCUACUGGAGUUGAAAAACCUCGGAUCACUCUCGAUUUGCUCGUUACUUUGUAACCAAUUUAAUUUGGUGUUGUUACAUAGAUCGAGAAUAGCUUGAUGCUCUGGCAACAAUGUAGCAGCAUAUGGUGUUAUUAUGCGCCCAGAUGUCAAUGUAAUAUUUUGUUUGCUAAAGUGUAUUUAUGGGGGCCUAGGCGUUAGCCAAGUUUGUCAUCACUCAGUCGUAUCAUAAUUACAUGCAAUUUCACAUCCAUAUUACCAUGGUAGCACAUGGGCCAUAUGUAAAUUAUAAUAUGCCAUUUAGCAGACGCUUUUAUCCAAAGCGACUUAGUCAUGUGUGCAUACAUUUUUACGUUUGGGUGGUCCCGGGGAUCGAACCCACUACCCUGGCGUUACAAGCGCCAUGCUCUACCAAUUGAGCUACAGAGGACCACAUAAAUGUAUGUAAUAAUAUUACUAUAAUAAUACAUGUAUGUCAUGUGUAGUAUCCACUUUUGUAAAACAUUGUUUCGAUUUCUACCUGAAGCUACCGUUUAUUUAAAUAGACACGUUGACACAGGGAAAACGAGAUGAGCGUGCGUGCGUGCAGGAUUUUAUUUUCAUAUCCUGUGUUCUAGUGUUUUAUUGUCCCUGGAUCCCUUCCCGCUCAGGACGCUCUCUCACUCGCGCCAUACUGUGCUUGCCUUUGUUGCUAGGCAAACAGAACAUCUUUGACGCCUGGAUAUAGGAUAUAAAUAUAUCAGGCUCUGAUAGGCUAAAACGUAUAUGUGGGCCGGCCAUUUUGUCUGUUUGGUGACGUUGCGUCCUCGGCAUGGCUUUAAGAGGAAGGGGAGUUUUAGACCCUGGGAAUAUUUGGCUCAGAAUCUACAGAAUCUUUCUUUUGAUUUUAACCAAAUGCUCAGCAGAUUGUGUUUAAGAUCCACUUCUUAUAUUAAAACAAACAGAAGCUAGCUACAAUAAUAAACAUAUAUGUUGUAUUACAUUGUAAUAGUAAUUCCCACAGAAAGAGCAGUAGUAAUGCUAUGCUUACAUUAUUAUCAUUGUAUCAAGAGUAUAAUGUAUAUUUAUGGUCUUUUAAAAACAUUGUUUUUGUAUGUCAUUGUUGUCAUUUGAGAAGCAGAACACUAUCUUUGUCUUCUUUCAUAUUAUAUAUUUAAUUAUUGUCAUGUUAAAAAAACUCAGCACUAAUGUCUCUGUGUUCUGUUUGUUCAUCUCUCUGUCCCUUUAGGACCUGGUAAAGAGCCACCUGAUGUACGCGGUGAGGGAGGAGGUGGAGGUUCUGAAGGAGCAGAUCAAGGAGCUGAUUGAGAGGAACUCCCAGCUUGAGCAGGAGAACAGCCUUUUGAAGACACUGGCCAGCCCAGAGCAGAUGGCUCAGUUCCAGGCCCAGACCCAGACAGGCUCCCCUCCCACCUCCACACAGCCUCCAGCCCAGGCACCAGCCCUACCCCCGACCCAACCCCAGCCAUCACACAACUCUGGACCCUCUGCGUAG